UGGUGAUAACUGGUAUCGAUGUGAGUGCACUCCAGGGUUCGCUGGGCCAGACUGCAGGAUCAAUAUCAACGAAUGCCAGUCCUCCCCGUGUGUGUUUGGUGCUACCUGUGUUGAUGAAAUCAAUGGCUUCCACUGCCUGUGUCCCCAAGACCGAUCAGGACCACGUUGUCAGGACGUGACAGGGAGACCGUGCUCAGGGAACAGUCGUGUCACCCCUGAUUUAGCCAAGUGGGAUGAGGACUGCAACACCUGCCACUGCUUGAAUGGGAAGGUUGUCUGUACUCGAAUGUGGUGUGGUCUUAGGUCCUGCCGAGUUAGCGGUGGGGUUAAAGGCCACGGUAGCAGAGGAGGUGGGGUCGGGUGUCUAUCUGGUCAGAGCUGUGUACCAAUCAGGGAGGAGCAGUGUUUCAUCCAACCAUGUCUGGGUCAGGGGGAGUGCCACCCCUCCUCCCCACCGCCCAACAAAUGCCACCCCAGCUCCGGUUACCACGACAACAGCUGUGCUAACGUAACACUUACGUUCACCAAAGAGACCAUGCCCAGGGGUCUGAGUAUUGAGGCAGUGUGUAAGCAGCUGAGACAACUGUACGUGGUCAAGAAUGUGUCCUCUGAGUAUUCUGUUUCCAUAACCUGUGACCCUUCAACCUCCGCCAGCAACCAGAUCCAUCUCAGCAUCUACACAGUGGACCAGUUGAUGGACAGAUCCCCCAUAAAGAGAUAA